GGGGGGGGGGGAGAGGGUGAGGGAGGAGCCUUCCUCCUUCCUUACUUCCCCAAGCCAGCAGGGCUAUAAAGCCCCUGGGUGGGGAGCAGCCGGCACAGGCUGAACCGUAAGAGCAGCAAGAGGGACUGGAAGCUCCCGGUUCCCCCAUCGCAUCCAGCUGACGCCCGCAGCUCUCGCUACCUCCUGCACCCCCACACCUGCCCACGAUGGUCGCCUCUGCGAAGCUCUGGCCCGUGCUGGUUGCCGUGACCCUCUGUGUGCUGUUCUGCUUGGGGGCGCUGGUGGAAGCCUACCCCCCGAAACCAGAGAACCCCGGAGACGACGCCUCCCCGGAGGAAAUGGCCAAAUACUUCUCUGCCCUGCGGCAUUACAUCAACCUAGUGACGAGGCAGCGGUACGGGAAGAGAUCCAGCCCAGAGGCCUUGAUGUCCGAGCUGCUCUUUGGGGACAGCAGCGACCACACCGGCAGAUCGCGGUACGAGGACUCCUACCUAUGGUGAUGGGCUCCCCCCCUCCCCGCCCCCCAC